ACGGAGGUUUGAGAGUCAGAGACUCUGCUGAACAGGGAGCAGAUCCACAGGACGAGCGUUUCAGGUUUGGUCGAGUCCCAGGAAGAUUCAGAACGUUUUUUUUUAUUUUCAGGAAGCCUCACUCAAGGCCAGGCAGGUCCCAGCAGGUCCCAGCAGGUCCCAGCAGGUCCCAGCAGGUCCCAGCAGGUCCAGACCGGUCCCAGCAGGUCCCAGCAGGUCCCAGCAGGUCCCAGCAGGUCCAGACCGGUCCCAGCAGGUCCCAGCAGGUCCCAGCAGGUCCAGACCGGUCCCAGGUGUCCCCCAGUGCAGCGAUGCCGUGGCUGCUGUCCUCUCAGCUGGACUACUUGUCCUCAUCCCCGUCCCAGCGGGAGUGCGAGCGGACGGCUUUCUCCUUCUACUGCUCUGUGCGGGAGCAGCUUCCCGUCUGGCUGCUGGAGGACAUGCGUAGCAUGGAGGUCUUCUGCUGGGAGGACGGACACCCCCGAGCCUUCCUGCCGUCGGAGGCGCUGCUGUACGCGCUGGUCCACGACCACCGGGAUUACGCCCGCUACCUGCUGGACAGGUUCUCGCUGAGCGUGCUCAAAGCGCCGCGCUGCAGCUUCUGCUGCUGCCGGGGCAGCGGGGCGCCGCACCUGAACAUGGCGGUGCGCUACGGCCGCGUGGAGAUCCUGGCCAUGAUGGUGGAGUCUCUGAAGGACACAGGUGGUGAAUACCUGGACAGCUGCGGCGGCUGCGGCCACACGGCGGACGCGGGGAAGACGGCGGUGCAGCUGGCGGUGGAGCUGUCGCGUCCUGACUGUCUGCUGCUGCUGCUUGCCCGAGGGGCGCGGGCCCACGGCCUGGACGCCGCGCUGCAGCGACUCGCCUCCUGCGACGAGUCCGAGCGCCGCCACGCACAGCGCUGCCUCGACUUCCUGCUGCUCUUCCUGCCUGAAACGCCGCUGCUACGCCACCUGCAGGACGAGCCGCAGCGUUGGCAAAGCCUGCUGGGAAAGGAAGUCUUCAUGUGGCUGUGCGGCCUGGCCCCGCCCCCCCUCCUGCUGCAGGCGCUCCGGUGUCUGGCCCGGUGUGGACCGGACCGGAUCAGCAUGCUGCCUGACUUCCUGCAGCCGCACAGCUGGCAGUAGCAUCAUCUGUUACCAGGGAAACGGCUGCAUGCUGCUGUGAUUGGACGGUUUCCUGACCCUGUAAAUAACCUGUAAAUAGACUUUAAAUGAACCUGAUCACUGGACUCAAACAUGGAGGAAACACGUCUGAUCAGUUUUAUUGAUCAGAUCCAGUUUCUGAGCUGAAUGUGAGAAAUGUUUAAUGACCUCUGACGUCCUGUUUCCAUGUCAAUAAACGAUUAAACUGA